AAAAGGAAGCCCUUUGCUUCAAAUCAACACAAUCCCUCCUCCCCAGUUCCACAAAGGAGUAAAAGCAAUACCACACGCACACAUACACACAGAAGAGCUCCAGCGCAGCAACUGCACCACCACCCUCUCUCUCUUCAUGAUUCUCACGUUCUCCUAAAUUAUUAUUAUUAAAAAUGUGGGAGAGGGAGAGAGAGAGUUUUCAAAUUGAAGGAAAAAGGCAGAGAGGAAAAGGAGGAAACCACCCCACGAAGAACAGAAAUCCUGCCUUGAAUCCAACUCAAAGCAUGCUCUCCCUGAUGCUUCUCCCGUCAACCUGACCCCAACUCCCCAUUUUUAAUAUUCAUUUUUCCUCCUCCUUUUUUAAUUACUUCUUCUCUUUCUUCCUCCUCUUGGAUGCCAACCAUGACUGAGGUACUCCAGAGCCCUCGUUUUUCUUCUUCCUCUCCAGGCUCUUCACCCUUCUACCCAUUAGACAAUGGUAAUGGUGGUGAUUUGGGGCAGAUCCAUCACACCCACUUGAGUUCUCCGGCCAAUUUCUUGGUUGGCGGGCAGAACUUGGACGAGAGAGUGGCUGAGGAGGUGGCGGAAGAGGCGGUGGUGGAGGAAGACGGUGGGGAUACUCUCUCCUUGUUGGCUCUGUUGGUGGCUGCUUUCAGGAAGUCCAUGGUGCCUUGCAACACUGAUAAGGAGGAUGUCUCCUCUAUGGAUAUCGGGUGGCCGACGGAUGUGAGGCAUGUUGCCCAUGUCACGUUCGAUAGGUUCAAUGGGUUUUUGGGGUUGCCUGAUGAGUUUGAGCCUGACGUGCCCAGAAGGGCCCCUAGUGCCAGUGCAAGUGUCUUUGGGGUCUCUACAGAAUCUAUGCAGUGUUCCUACGACACCAGAGGGAAUAGUGUCCCAACCAUACUCUUGCAGAUGCAGAGAAAAUUGUAUGCUCAAGGGGGACUUCAAGCUGAGGGCAUAUUUAGGAUCAACGCGGAGAACAGCCAAGAGGAAUAUCUUAGGGACCAGUUGAACAAGGGCAUUGUCCCAGAUAACAUUGAUGUCCAUUGUUUAUCUGGACUGAUAAAGGCCUGGUUCAGAGAACUCCCAAAAGGGGUGCUAGAUUCUCUUACUCCUGAGCAGGUAAUGCAAGCAAACACAGAGGAGGACUGCCUCCAACUUGUCAGGCUUUUGCCAUCAACAGAAGCAGCUCUUCUGGAUUGGGCUAUUAAUUUGAUGGCUGAUGUUGUUCAAGAGGAGCACAUAAACAAGAUGAAUGCUCGCAAUGUUGCUAUGGUGUUUGCACCAAACAUGACACAGAUGGCAGAUCCCUUAAGUGCAUUGAUGUAUGCAGUUCAAGUCAUGAAUUUCUUGAAGACGUUGAUCUUGAAGACACUAAGAGAAAGGCAGGAUUCUGUUCUUCAAGCAGCACCAUCUUCUCAAUCGGAUCCCUCUGAUGAAAAUGAUAAGCAUACUUCAUCACAGUGCUGUCUAAGCAUAAGCACCAAAGAGGAGCAAGAACAGCAAGAGCAUAUAUUUCCAACAACUGAUCCCAAUAAUCAAUCUUUGAUUGAUGAUGUAGGUGACGGCAGUGAACCUCAUGAAGACAAAUCUAGUACUGAUUGCUGUAGUAAGCCUACUGCCACAGAAAGCCCAUCAGAGGAGCCUUCUCAGUCCACACGUCUAUCUGAUGGACCAAAAGUUGCUGCAACUAGUUCAAAAACCAGCACUAAAGAUAGCCAUGGAAAUAAGAACAAUUCAAAUGCAAAGAAGGUUGCAAAGAAAACAAACGUACAGAAUACAGACCAAGCAACAGUACCAGCUGAGAAGUCGAGAGGAAUGAGCAUCGUGAGCCAUAUAAGUUCAAGUUUGGCACGAGUUGAAGCAUGGAGAUAAAGUAGUUGUUGAUGACUAACUACUCUGCCUAACUUGGGUUUGUUGGUGCUGGUUCUUUGGUUCUGGAACUGUCUUUUCUAGGUCGGUGGUGUUCACGUUUUAUAUGGUGAUGUGAUUGUGAGUUUGGUCUUUCCAUCUUCUUUUUCUUUCUUUUUUUAUUUUUCUGAAACUACAAAGUUGUACAAUACUUAACCAGAAGUAUGCCUCUUUAUCAUGUAAGUCUGCUGAUUCAUUAAACAUCUUCCUGUUGCUUUUCCA